AUGCUGGGCGGAGUGGGAGCUCGUCGCAGAAGGGGCUCAUCACCGAUGGCGCGUUUAACGAAUAGCAACAUUGUUGGAUGUCUGGAUGACAAUAUUGCCAUUAUUGGUGAUGGCGUCAUCAGGAGAAGUGCCCACUAUGGUUCCCAGGCCUCAAAUAAGCGGAGACGAGCCGUUGCCAAUACUCUUGAGAAUGGACAAGAAAGUUUUGCUCUAGUUCAGACUCGCCUCAAUUUGGGUGAUAUAAUGUUGGAAGCGGCUCAGGAAGCAGUGCUAGCAGGGCAUCAACAGGACUCCUUAGGCGGGGGGCACUUGGGUCGAAAGGGAGCCCAUCGCUUAGCUGAUAGAAUGGGUGGCCCAAAAAAAGAGGAUAACCCACCAGGUGGUGGUCCGACGUCAUUGUUUAUCCUAACCGAGGAUAACCCAAUUAGAAAGUACACACGAUUCAUCAUAGAAUGGCCGCCCUUUGAAUAUGCUGUGUUAUUGACAAUCAUUGCCAACUGUGUUGUGUUGGCAUUAGAGGAGCACUUGCCAGAGGGCGACAAGACAGUAUUGGCUCAAAAACUGGAAAAAACGGAGGCCUAUUUUUUAUGCAUUUUCUGUGUAGAAGCAUCGCUCAAGAUCCUCGCCUUAGGGCUUGUUCUGCAUAAACACUCCUAUCUCAGGAAUAUUUGGAACAUCAUGGAUUUUUUCGUUGUAGUGACGGGAGCCAUGACGAUAUUUGCCGAGGCCAAUAUAGAUGUUGAUCUGCGUAUGCUGAGAUCCUUUCGAGUUUUACGUCCACUGAAACUCGUAUCCCGUAUUCCAAGUUUACAAGUAGUUUUAAAAUCUAUAAUCAAGGCGAUGGCACCUUUACUGCAAAUCGGUCUCUUGGUGUUGUUUGCAAUCGUAAUAUUUGCAAUCAUUGGACUCGAGUUUUAUUCGGGCGCACUGCAUAAGACUUGUUAUAGCUUAGAAGAUCCAAACAAACUAGUGAAGGAAGGUGAAUCAGAGACACCAUGCAAUACGGACAACAGCACAGAGAAGGCAGGCGGCUCCUUUGUAUGCAAUAGCACCACCAGUAUGUGUCUGGAGAAAUGGGAUGGACCAAAUUCAGGCAUAACAAGUUUCGAUAACAUUGGAUUUGCCAUGUUGACGGUAUUCCAAUGCAUCACAAUGGAGGGCUGGACGUCAAUACUGUAUUGGACCAACGAUGCAUUAGGUUCACAAUUUAAUUGGAUAUAUUUCGUGCCUCUUAUAGUUAUAGGCUCAUUUUUUAUGCUCAACUUAGUUCUUGGUGUUCUGAGUGGAGAGUUUUCGAACGAACGAAACCGCGUCGAACGUCGAAUGGAAUUUCAGAAAUGCCGAUUUCGGGCCAUGUUUCAAACUGCAAUGGUCUCGUACCUUGAUUGGAUCACACAAGCAGAGGAGGUCAUCCUAGCCGAAGAGCGUACAACAGAAGAGGAGAAAAUGCAUAUAAUGGAAGCCCGAAGACGUAAUGCCGCAAAGCGGAAAAAGCUGAAAAGUUUGGGUAAAUCAAAAUCCACAGACACUGAAGAGGAGGAAGCUGAGGAGGAUUAUGGUGACGAUGGUUAUCUUAAAACUCGAUCAAAACCUCAAGGCAGUUGUACAGGAUUCUGGCGUGCCGAGAAGAGAUUCCGUUUCUGGAUACGUCACACGGUGAAGACACAAUGGUUCUAUUGGUUUGUGAUAGUCCUUGUGUUCCUCAAUACAGUUUGUGUGGCCGUCGAGCAUUAUGGCCAGCCGUCAUUUCUGACAGAAUUUCUGUACUAUGCUGAAUUUAUAUUCCUCGGACUGUUCAUGUCGGAAAUGUUCAUCAAGAUGUAUGCACUGGGACCGCGAAUCUACUUUGAAUCAUCGUUCAAUCGUUUCGAUUGCGUUGUCAUUAGUGGUUCGAUAUUCGAGGUGAUCUGGUCCGAAGUAAAAGGCGGGUCGUUCGGUCUGUCUGUGUUGCGGGCAUUGAGGCUAUUGCGAAUCUUCAAAGUGACCAAGUAUUGGUCAUCGUUGCGCAAUUUGGUCAUCUCGCUGCUGAACUCAAUGAGAUCGAUUAUCUCGUUGUUGUUCCUGCUCUUCUUGUUCAUCCUCAUAUUUGCCCUGCUUGGCAUGCAGCUAUUUGGCGGGCAAUUCAAUCUGCCAGGAGGCACACCAGAGACCAAUUUCAAUACAUUUCCGAUAGCUCUAUUGACCGUAUUUCAAAUCCUAACCGGCGAAGAUUGGAAUGAAGUAAUGUACCAGGGUAUAAUAUCGCAAGGUGGCGCAAAGAAAGGAAUGAUUUACUCUAUAUACUUUAUCGUUUUGGUACUCUUCGGUAAUUAUACGCUCUUAAAUGUGUUCUUGGCUAUCGCCGUUGAUAAUUUGGCGAAUGCCCAAGAACUGACAGCAGCCGAAGAGGAACAAGUCGAAGAGGAUAAAGAGAAACAACUGCAGGAGUUAGAGAAAGAAAUGGAGGCACUCCAAGGCGAUGGUGUUCAUAUGGAGAAUGGCGAUGGCACUGUGGCCACAACCAAAGGCAAAAGCAAAAAGAAAGACGAGGAGAAGAAGGAAGAGGAGGAAGUGACGGAAGGUCCAAAACCAAUGUUGCCAUAUUCAUCGAUGUUUAUACUCUCACCGACAAAUCCUAUACGACGCGGAGCCCAUUGGGUUGUUAAUUUACCAUAUUUUGAUUUCUUCAUAAUGGUCGUCAUCUCAAUGUCAUCAAUUGCCUUAGCAGCCGAGGAUCCCGUUCGUGAGAAUUCGAGGCGAAAUAAAAUAUUGAAUUACUUUGAUUAUGCAUUUACCGGCGUAUUCACGAUAGAAAUGUUGCUGAAAAUUGUAGACUUGGGUGUGAUAUUGCACCCUGGCAGCUAUUUAAGAGAAUUCUGGAAUAUUAUGGAUGCUGUGGUCGUUAUAUGCGCUGCUGUUAGUUUCGGUUUCGAUAUGAGCGGUAGCAGCGCUGGACAAAAUUUAUCGACUAUUAAAUCGUUGCGAGUAUUGCGUGUCCUUCGGCCCUUGAAGACCAUUAAGCGUGUACCCAAAUUGAAGGCCGUCUUCGAUUGCGUCGUGAACUCAUUGAAAAAUGUUGUUAACAUUCUAAUCGUGUACAUAUUGUUUCAAUUUAUAUUUUCUGUUAUUGGUGUACAAUUGUUCAAUGGAAAAUUUUUUUAUUGUACGGACGAAAGUAAACAUACUUCCGCAGAGUGCCAGGGCUCGUACUUCAAAUACGAAGAGGAUGAACUGCUGCCCAAACAGGAGCUGAGGGUAUGGAAGCCACGAGCCUUUCACUAUGACAACGUUGCUGCCGCUAUGCUGACACUGUUCGCUGUCCAGACCGGCGAGGGAUGGCCACAGGUCUUGCAACACUCAAUGGCUGCCACAUAUGAAGAUAGGGGUCCAAUCCAAAACUUCCGGAUCGAAAUGUCCAUAUUUUAUAUUGUAUAUUUUAUUGUAUUUCCAUUCUUCUUCGUCAACAUAUUCGUGGCCUUGAUAAUCAUAACAUUUCAAGAGCAAGGCGAAGCUGAAUUGCAAGAUGGUGAAAUUGACAAGAAUCAGAAAUCCUGCAUUGAUUUCACAAUCGGAGCUCGACCGCUUGAACGUUACAUGCCCAAGAAUCGAAACACUUUCAAAUAUAAAGUGUGGCGUAUUGUUGUCUCGACGCCAUUUGAAUACUUCAUUAUGAUGUUGAUCGUAUUCAAUACGUUGUUGCUAAUGAUGAAGUAUCAUAAUCAAAGUGAGAUGUAUGAAAAGUCACUUAAGUACAUCAAUAUGGGAUUCACAGGCAUGUUCAGUGUUGAAACUGUGCUUAAAAUAAUUGGAUUCGGUGUCAAGAACUUUUUCAAAGAUCCCUGGAACAUUUUCGAUCUAAUUACUGUAUUGGGCAGCAUUGUGGAUGCAUUAUGGAUGGAAUUUGGGUCGAACUCAAUCAACGUCGGCUUCCUGCGUUUGUUUCGUGCGGCGCGUCUCAUUAAACUGCUCCGCCAAGGAUACACAAUAAGAAUUCUCCUCUGGACCUUUGUACAAUCAUUUAAAGCACUUCCAUAUGUCUGUUUGCUUAUAGCAAUGCUAUUUUUUAUAUACGCCAUUAUUGGCAUGCAGGUGUUCGGCAAUAUCAAACUAGGUACAGUGGAAAAUUCCAUUACUAGGCACAACAACUUCCAAUCAUUUGUUCAAGGCGUCAUGUUGCUAUUCAGGUGUGCCACGGGCGAAGCUUGGCCAAACAUUAUGCUGGCCUGUCUAAAGGGCAAGGCAUGCGACGAUGACGCCGACAAGGGUCCUGGAGAAUAUUGCGGAUCAACACUGGCCUACGCCUAUUUCGUAUCGUUUAUAUUCUUUUGUUCGUUUCUAAUGUUGAAUCUGUUCGUGGCCGUCAUCAUGGAUAAUUUUGAUUAUCUCACAAGGGACUCCAGUAUAUUGGGUGCUCAUCACUUAGACGAAUUUGUGCGCAUAUGGGCGGAAUAUGAUCCAAAUGCGACCGGUCGUAUACAUUAUACGGAAAUGUAUGAUAUGCUUAAGAAUAUGGAUCCACCAUUGGGAUUCGGUAACAAGUGCCCCAAUCGACUUGCCUAUAAGAAACUGAUACGUAUGAAUAUGCCAUUGGACGAUGAACUGAGAGUUCAGUUUACCACAACGUUGUUCGCUUUGAUUCGUGAGAAUCUAAGUAUUAAAAUGAGAGCGCCUGAGGAAAUGGAUCAGGCGGAUAUGGAGCUCAGGGAAACUAUUACAAACAUUUGGCCACUGCAGGCAAAGAAAAUGCUGAAUCUACUGGUGCCACCGAUCGAUCAGUUGAAUAAAGGGAAGCUAUCAGUUGGUAAAAUCUAUGCAGGUUUCCUUAUACUAGAGUCCUGGCGGAAUACGCGUUUCGGCCAGAUUGAUUCGGGCAUGCCGCGGAAGAAGACCGAUGACGAUGAUGACCGCAAAUAUAGCCCAACGGCGAUUGAGGAGCCGAAACAAUCGUUCUUUAAUUGCCUCCUCGAUAUGGCCGCCCUUGACAAAGGAGGAUCGCGACAGGGCUCCAUAUGUUUCGAGCCGAACGGGGAAGGAGCCGCCAACUCACAAACACAUUUGUUAGCGAGCACGCACCACCACCCCCACCCGAACGGUGAUGCCGAACACAACAGUUUGGCAACACUAGCACGACGGAGUACGAUCAGAAAGCGAUCAGUUAGAAACAAAAAGAUGCUGGAACUGCAGGAUGCUUCAAGGCAUCCAUCGCAGGAAUCACUUACCGGUGCCGAUGCUGGCCAUUUACAUCCUGGACAUUCGUAUAUGAAUGGCCAUCGCCGUUCGCCCAGUUUGAGGCAUAACGGCUCGCCAUUAGCCCGAUCUCCGAGUCCGCGACGACGUGGCCAUCAAUACAUACAUCAUGAUAUCGGGUUCUCCGAUACCGUAUCUAAUGUUGUAGAGAUGGUCAAGGAGACUCGCCAUCCAGCAUCCAGGCAUGGCAACAGCCAUCCGCGUUAUCCAAGAGGUUCAUGGUCAGCAUCGACAAGUCCGGCCCGUUCGCCUUCGCCUUCUCGUUAUGGUGGCCAUUUGUCUCGCAGUAAACGCACUCAACUGCCUUAUCCCACAUAUGGGACAACAAGUCUAUGUCAAAGGUCACGAUCGCCGAGUCCCGCCCGACUUCAGGAGAUGCGUGAACGAGACAGACUUGGUUAUGGGAUUGAUAUGGGUGGCCCGCAUGUGCAACAUAGCUACCCAACGCUAGCCUCUCGUCGUGCCGGAAUCGGACGACGUCUACCACCGACACCAAGCAAACCGUCGACACUGCAGCUCAAGCCAACCAACAUUAAUUUUCCCAAGCUGAAUGCGAGUCCAACACAUUUUCCAAUGCAGGCGCAUCAUUCAACGCCCCACAGUGUUCACUCGCUGCCACAUCACCGCGACCUAUUGCGGGAUCCUAGGGAUAUGUAUUAUAGUAGUAGAGAACGCGAAAGGGAUCGCGAACGCCUUAGAGAUCGUGAUCGAGAUCGGGAUCGAUUGCAUGAGUAUGACCUGCGUUACGAGUAUCGAGAUCGAGAACAUGAGUUAUACGAGCGUGAGCGUGACCGUGAAAGGGAAGCGGAAAGAGAAAGACUGGAAUAUAUAGCACCGCUGUCAUUUGAGCAAGCGUUGGCUAUGGGCCGAACAGGUCGUGUACUGCCAUCUCCAGUUCUAAAUGGUUUUAAGCCAAAGAGCGGACUUAAUACUCGACAUUCCGAUUCGGAUGAGGAGGAUUGGUGCUAGCAAAGGCUUUGAUUGCGAUCGCGUAAUCGAAAGGAACAGAUCUGGGUAUAGCAUCAGGCCAUAUGCUCAUCGUUAUCAGCACCAAAUUUAGAUCAUAAUUUUGAUACGAUACGACACGAUUACCAUGAAUACCAACAACAAAAACAACCAACAACAAUAACAACAACAACAACCAACCGAUAUACAAGUCCAAUUACAACAUUAAUAAGAUCAGCUGCAUCAGCCUUAGCAUUUGCAUCUACAUCCAAUAACAAAUUGGCUAAAAAAAGCUUACAGCAAUUCAACCCAAAUCGUCAAUCGCAAUCGCAACAGCAACAACAACAACAACAACAUAUACUACAAAAACGAGAUCUAACUUUUUGCAGCCAUGAGCACUAUAAAUCCUCACAACAAUUGGCAAGGAUAUCCUUGCCACUGACAAGAGCAACAUCACCCCAAUCCGAUAUCGACAUUGAUUAUAAUUACCAUUAUCAUUAUGAUAACGAGAACGAUAAUGAUAUCAAACGACAAACAGCAACAACAACAACAACAACAACAGCAACAACAACACCAAGAACUACAAAAAUGCAAGCAAUGAUAUUAAGUGUACCAAUUACAAUAACAAAACCAGUAGAUACUAAACAAAAUAGAAAGAUCUAUUCACAUAAUGACAUUAAUUAUAUAGAUAACAACACAUACGAUAUUGAUACAAUAGCGAUAAAUCCGCUAAUAGCAGGGCCAACAUCAACAUUAACUCAAUCUCAUUUUGAGAUCCAAGCCAAUGAAAGGCAACAACAGCAACAACCACAGCCACAGCCACAACGACAACAACCAAAACAAGAACCACAAUUAGAACCACAAUUAGAGCCACAAUUAGAGCCACAUAAUCAGCACCAAACACUAUCGCCACCGCCGCUGUAUUCGUAUCAUACGCUAUAAGGAAUUAACAUCAACCCAUCAAAAAUCAAAAAUAGAAACAAAGAAUCAGACAACAAACUGAAACCGAAACUGAAUAGGAGUAAAACCUUAAAACACAAAAAGCCUAACAAAACCAAAAAACAAAAAACAAAAA